AAAAAAAAAAAAAAUCCUACAUAUUAUAUUCCUUUGUAUAUUCAAUAUUCAAUUGUUGGGUUGAGCUCUAUCUAUAUAUAUAUGUGUGUGUGUGUGUGUGUGCACAAUCACCAUACCCACCCACAUCCUUUCCUUUGCCUCUCACCAACCAUUUCUCCAAUCUGCUUAAUUCCAGCUCCAUUAAUUAAUGAUUUGUUUGAUGAAAUACAUGGAACACACCUAUUUUCUUCGAUUGCUCGUAUUGUUUCUGGGUUUCUCCUUUGUUUUGUACUCUGUCGCAAUUCCUACCUCAAGAAGCGUCAAGCCAAUCAAAGAAGAAGUAUCGGUCCAGGAUUUACUUGCUCAGGAUAUAAUGGAUUUGAGGAUUGAUGGGGAGAUAUUAGAGGAAAGAUUGAUAAAAGGGAGGAUGGACAUGGAAAAGAAAGAGACAGACUAUCCAGGAACAGAAGCAAGCAAUAACCAUGAUCCAAAAGCUCCCGGAACAGCUUGAUUAUUAUUGCAGACAUAUAUAUAUAUAUAUAUCCCAACAGGUUCAAAGAUUUAGUUUCUUAUGUUGUUAUUUGGAUUAAUAUCCUAUCUAUCCUUUUUAGGCUAUACCUUUUUCUUAAUAUCCUAUCUAUCUUGUUAGGCUAUCUAAUGGAAGUUUUCACUUUUAAUAUAUAACAUGAAAGUUGGUUAAUAUGCAAAAAUUAUUAUGUGUUGGUUUUGUUAUCUCCCAAAAAAAUUGGGAAAGAGAAGGAAAUGUUAUAAUAUUUAAUGAAAUUUUGUUUAAAAUGCCUUUCUUUUUUAAAAGAUAAAAUUUAUGAAAAAAGGUAUAAUAAUAAAUUUAUUAAAAUAAUUUUUUUUAAUUUAAUAUGAUUAUUAUUAUUUAUUAAAAAAAAUAUGAUUAUUAUCAUUUUAUUUCUUUUUUUUAAAAAUGAUAAGUGGUUAAUAUUUUUACUUUUAUUUUAUAUAUAUAUAUAUAAUAAAAGUAAAAAUAAAAGUGAAGGAUGAAUAUCAUUUUUCCCUUCUAAAUAAUCUUUUUGACGUAUUUGUUAUUUUAAGCAAAGGGGAGGGAAGAAGUGAAAUUAGACAAAGUCCCACUCGUGAUUGCUGUCCAAGCAAAGAAAUGUACUGGUGGAUCCACAUAUUUUUGAUUGAUCUUUUCUUUUCCGUUUAUUUUUUAGUUAUUGUUAUUAAAACAUAAUUCAAUGACCUAACUUAAGAAUUAAUAUGAUAUGGUUCUUUUUUUA